CCAUCUAGGUCUACGAAGACAGUUACUAAGAAACCGGUAACUCCGACGACAUCGACAACUCCGAAACCUCAGACUCCAGUCACAGAAGCACCUAUCACAACAACCCCAAUUACCACUACAACAACAACUAUUUCAUGCUCUGUUCAAACUCUUUUUCCAGCAUCGGAGUGUGAUACAUCCGUCACGUGUGAUCUAAAUGCGAUUGCUCCCGUAUUGGGCAGUCCGUACGAAUUCACCAGUAGUGUACAACCUGCAGACAGUGAGGGAUGUGUAAAGACAACCAUUACAUGUAAAAAAGCAUCUCCUGAAGCGUGUCCAUUUACACCAGAUAUGAUGUGAAUCAGGCUUCGUGGGAUGUAACGUGCAGGAAAAACGGAAAAUUAUCAAUCACCGAGAGUGGAACAGAACUG